AUGGAGCCCCAGAAUACAUCCACUGUCACUGAAUUUCAUCUGUUAGGAUUCCAGAAUCUUCAGAAAUUCCAGACACUGCUUUUUGCUAUUUUUCUGAUCAUUUGCUGUCUUACGGUCAUGGGGAAUGUUGUCAUCAUCACAGUGGUGAGUCAAGACCAGAAAUUACAACUGCCUAUGUACACUUUCCUCAAGCACCUCUCUUUUCUAGAGAUCUGGUAUACGUCCACCAUUGUGCCACUUCUCUUAGCCAAUUUACUCUCCUGGGGCCAAGUUAUUUCCUUCACUGCUUGUAUGGCUCAGCUUUAUUUCUUUGUGUUCUUUGGGGCUACUGAGUGUUUUCUUCUAGCCAUGAUGGCCUAUGAUCGAUACUUGGCCAUUUGUAGCCCACUCCACUACUCCUACCUGAUGAGUUCUGAGAUCUGCACAAAAUUGGUAGGAAUCUCCUGGUUGACAGGGGUUGGCACAGGCUUUUUGCCUUCCUUGAUGAUUUCAAAGUUGGACUUCUGUGGACCCAACCAUAUCAAUCAUUUCUUCUGUGACCUCCCACCACUUAUGCAGCUGUCAUGUUCCAGUAUUUAUAUCACUGAGUUGGCGAUUUUCAUCCUGUCAAUUGCUGUAUUGUGCAUUUGUUUUUUUCUUACACUUGUGUCUUAUGUAUUCAUUGUGUCUUCCAUAUUGAAAAUCCCUUCAGCCUUUGGCCAGAUGAAGACCUUUUCCACAUGUGGAUCCCAUCUGGCUGUUGUCACUAUCUACUAUGGGACCAUGAUCUCCAUGUAUGUCCGUCCCAAUGUCCACUUGUCACCAGAAAUCAACAAGAUUAUUUCUGUCUUUUACACAGUUGUCACCCCACUACUUAAUCCUGUUAUCUAUAGCUUGAGGAAUAAAGACUUUAAAGAGGCCGUUAGAAAGUUUAUGAGAAGAAAGUGUGGCGUAUAUGGAGUAAGAGUGAAAGGAAGUGUCUUUAUUAGAUAA